AUGAAUGGACCUGCAGCUGAGAAGAAGAAGGUCGUGGCCUAUGCCAUUCCCAUGAUGGGCCAUGUCAAUCCAGUUCUCCGCCUUUGCACGGCCUUGGCGAGCCGGGGCCAUGAGGUCACCUUCUCAACCUCCGCAGCCUUAGCUCCCAAGCUUGCCAACACGUGCUCUGGUAGCCGCUUCAGCUUCCACGGUUUGGAGGAUGGGCUGACGGAGGAGAAGCUCAAGACCCCUGACGCGGCCAAAAAUCCUCGCUUCGAGGAGAUGAGCCAACUUCACACACCGCUGCUCACGGCGCUGGUUGACACUUUGUAG